UCGCUCAAGGCCACCCGCUAUACGCCUACCGCUCGGCGUAUCGACGACGAUACAACCGACAGAGGGCCGCCAAACGUCCGCCUGAGCGCUCGCACCGCACGUUUCCCGCGCUUACGCUUCAAAAUGCCGAAACCUCGUAAUUUUUGUGCAGUAGAUGGGUGUAAAAGUCAAAAAACAAAGGAAAAUUUGUCGUUUUUUUCAUUGCCGAGAGACGAAGAAAGGCGCCGUACAUGGCUUGAAAUAAUAGGGAGGCCUGAUUUAUUAACAACUCAAACAAAGUCCGCUAGUCAUGUUGUUUGCUCGCUACAUUUUGACAAAUCUAUGAUAAAGUACGUACCACAGCUGAAACCUGAUGCGGUGCCCACAAAAUCAUUACUGAAUCAACCAAGUACUUCCAGCCUCAAUACAAACGAAGACUGUAAAAAUGUGUCGACUCAAACGGAAGAAUCACUUAUCAACGUUCUAUCAGCAGUUACCAUUGAGGGUCCUGAAGAGAAGUCAUCAUGUGUACAAACUACGUCAGACAACGCUAGCGAUAUUGCAACACAAACAACACAAGAGCUUUCUGAUACACACAGGAAACGUAAACUUCGAGUUGAACAUAAGGAGACAGCAAAAAAAAAGAAGGAUGCUUCAGCAUGAAUUAAAUAGAAUAAAAAACGAAAUCUAAUCUAACUAAUCUGAAUGCUACAAACAUUUCAGUUUCAAUUGUGAAGAUGAAAUUACUAAAAGAUUUGUCAAACUCAAGUAAGUCAAGUGGCAAAAGAAUCUGAAAAACAAGUCUAAAGGAAACCGCUACGAUCCAGAGUACAAACUUUUUGCGCUAAAUUUAUACUUUUCCUCCAGUCCUCAAAAAUACCGAUGUCUAAAAACAUUCUACCCUCCAACAAUUUAAUAUGGUUAUUCCCCCUAAAUUUGAGGACCGUAUUUUAAACUUUUUG